AUGUACUGGAAGCAGCUCGACGCCGUGCCAGCGAUCCAGCUCGCGCUCCAUCGCAUUGCGUGGUCGUUUCUCAUCCUCCUCUUCAUCCUCGCGGUCAAGGGCGAUUUCAAGGCCUUUCGCGCCGCGGCCCGCGGCUGGCGUGUCUUUGCCAUCUACACGAUCGCAAGCGUUGCGAUCCUAUGCAACUGGGUCAUGUACAUUUGGGCUGUCAACGCCGGCUACGUCCUCGAGACGAGCCUCGGGUACUUUAUCACGCCGCUCGUCAACGUCCUUGUCGGCGUCCUCGUCUUCAAAGAGAAGCUCCGUCUCUGGCAGUGGCUCGCGAUGGGCUUUGCUUUUUCUGGUGUCCUCGUCAUAGCGAUCGCGUAUGCUACGUUUCCGUGGAUCGCGCUAACGCUCGGUUGCACGUUCUCCAUUUACAGCGUCGCCAAGAAGCAAGCGCCGCUGAGUGCGCUCCACGGCUUGACGGUCGAGACAGGCAUCCUCUUUGUGCCUGCCGUCAUCUACCUCUCGGUGGCCGAGGCCAUGGGCAACGGCGGCUUUCUGCAUGUGAGCACAACCGCCAACCUCAUGCUUGUCGGCGCGGGCGUUGUGACGGUGAUCCCAAUGGUGUUGUUUGCGUCCGCGGCACAGCGAAUCCCACUGAGUCUUCUCGGCGUACUGCACUACAUCGGCCCGAGCCUCAUGUUUGUUUUGGGCAUCGCUGUCUACCACGAAGCCUUCUCGACGGCCAAGCUCAUCGGCUUCAUCCUGGUUUGGACGGGUCUUGCGGUGUACACGGUCGAAGGUCUCGUGCACCAGAGAGGAACCAAGCGAGCCCACGUUCUGUCACCCGUCGUCCAAACGACCGAAGAGAUUUCUUCUACCAAAGACGAACCGACGAUCGAUGCGACGCCGUUCACGCGCGUCUAG